GCAGUCGGAACAGUCUCAACUGAGCUCGCUAAAAUUUUACGUCGCGUCGUGGAUCCAUUACGGAAUAUUAGUUAGGCUGAUGGCAGAGAACGAGAAUGCACUUUUACCAAAAUCUACAAAAACGUUUAUAGGAACGUCAUUCGCAAAAUACAAUAUCGAACAAUCCAGGAGAAAAUCCGAGUAAAAUAAGGGCCCUAGGCGGGAUUCCAGUAUAAUUUCUAAGAAAAACCGUGGAAACAAAGCCUGGGCCUGGGUACAUUUUAAAUAAUAGAUCCGUCCAUGCCCGCCGUCCCCCAUUACAUAUGGGUUCAAGCUAGAUUUCCCAGAUAGAUCCAAGCUAUACUCAGGGAAGGGCCAGACUUUUUCCUAGACCAGAUUUUUACCUGGGCAGAUACUUGGGAACGAGCUCAAGAGAAAUUAGCAGAGGCAAUAGAAACAUCAACUAUUUUGGAUUUUGAAGAUUUUUCCGAGGAAGAAUGGAGAUUACAAAUGAAGAAGCAAAGGAGAAAGAAUGCUCGAAAAUUGUACGAUUCCACAGAAUCUUCAGGUGAAGGCAAAGAAAGCAAAGAGUCUACAACGCAUUAUCGUCGUAAAAUAUGAAGAAACGAUGAUUGUCACUAUGACCAGAAAAAAGAAGGAAUAUGCAAUCAAAACUAAUGAGCAAUUAUUGGAAUUUGAAAGAAAAUUAAAAAGUCUCAUAUUCUUCCAAAAAAAGAGUUCGUCCUUGAAAAUAAUUGGUGGAGACAAAGUAAACUUAACAACGUAUGCAAUUCUUAGCAAAUUAAUUGCAGAUAUACUUGCCACAAAAUAUAGCUGGCAUGGAAGAAAAGGGAAAAAAGUCUGUGCUGAACUUUUGACAGCAAAAUUAAUUAUAAAAACUGUACGUAUGAUACGGAAUGUAUUGAUGUACAAAUAAUAGAAGCCGCUUCAACAUGGCUUGCUCAAACAACAACACGUGUGAAACGUGUUCAGGCCAAGAUGCAACAAAUAGAACAAUUG